AUGUCACCAAACAGGCGCAAUUACUCGCAUAUGCGAGACGCCGCAUUGAAUAUCAGAGCAGACAGCGACGACGAGUACGAGCAUUCAGAUAUGGCCGCCAGCGGGGACGAGGCAUUGCAGAUCCUUAUGGAAGCAAAUUACAACGAUGGCGCUUCGUAUGAUCAAAGCUCCACGGAUGAAUUUGCAAAUGAUGACGGGGACCAUUUAUGGCAAGUCCAGGCUGAUCUUUUGUCCAGCAGGGAUGAAAGCGGUUGUACAGAUGAGCGAGAACAUGCCUCAUGGCAAUCUCAAUCCACUGAUCCUGACACCCAGUGCCAACAAUUUGAUUACCCACCACCACCACCACCACCCCCACCUCCCCAGUUACAACAUCCAACCAGGUACUCGCUUGAAAAAAGGAAACCCAAGACGGCAACCGAAGACAAGCCAGAUGAUAUCAUAUCCUACUGUAAUAUGGUCGUUGACAUGAGCAAUAUGAAGACUGCUCUUCGCAACGUAAAGGACUACCUCGAUAAGGGCCAAACCCGCGAGGCCGAAGUCGAGGCCCAGAAAGCUCGGGACUUGGCAGAAAAGUAUGGUGAGAGACCAGUGAUCGCACGGUGCAGAUACUGGCAGGCUCGGGUGAAGUUUGCUCAAGGAAACUAUGAAAAGGCGUAUCGACUGUUUCGCAAAUGCCAGUUAUGGAUCACAAAGCAACCUGAGGCGAGAACAAUGGCAUUUUACCUGCCACUGUGUCAGCCGGGAUUGAGCGACCAAGAUCGACAGCGCAUGUUGCAGGACGCUCACAGACCCGCAAUGCAACUGCAGAAGAUACCAACGGUUAGUGAAGUGCCAGACAACCGAGACUCGAAACGAAGAUGGAAUGAUAGCCUUCACUUGUUGUCGCAAGACAAUAUCCCACAAUCCACGCAUCGGCAGAACGUAGCCCGCCCCAAGUCACUUCUCGAGAGGCAACCUGAAGAUUCCAGUGGACUCAAACUUGGUGGCAAGCAAAAGUUAUUCACUUUCGAGAUGCACCCCAAAGGCAUGGCACCCAGAUUCCGGCCGACAGAUAUUUUCGCAGAACAGCCUUAUGAAGUUAUUGUGCCACAAGAACAAUGGGAGGAUUUCAUUGACUAUCACAGGGACCAGAGCGUCACGUUGAGUUAUCUGGAGAGGGAGAGACGACGGUACCAAACCGUCGUCCAAGAGAGGUAUAAUCAGCGCUAA